AUGGUCGUGGUGGUCGCUCACUUGCUUGCAGGUGAGACUGCGCCUAGCGUCCACUUGCUGGCACUCAACUCUCACCUGUGGCUCCACGUAGCUGGGCUCUGCUCAGCGGCCACACCCCGGGCAACCGUCUCGACCGGCGGGCUAAACCAGGUGAGGGGGCCCUGUGCGCUGUGCCGUGUGCACAGGGUUUGCGGAUUCCGCUGGAUGGAAGGUCGGAUGGAACCUUGCGUCGGUACCGUCGUGACGUGGUUCGUCUUUCCACGUCGCUUGACAGCCGGUGACGGGAUGGAUCUCCAUAUCGACAUCGCCUUGACGCGCCCACCCUCGCCGACGGAGACCGCGGCUUACGGCGAAUUCGAGUCGCUCUCCACUACAACCCGAAGUCGUGGUCCCAUAGUGGAGUUCGGCCGUGCCACAACGGCACAUGGCAGCCCUAUUCAGGGAUGGCACUGCCAGCCCCCACGAGGGGAAGGGCCUAGAAAAGGUGGCCUAAACAUUGCUGGGUACCACGCCGUCUCCAGGCUAGCCAGGGCCGCAGACGUCUAAACAUGGUCGAAACAAUCAAAAUCGAAACAACAACAAUACCAAUAACAACAACAACCAUACUCAUUCUCCUCAUCCUACCUCUUCUUCCUCUACCUCCGUCUAUUCUUCUGCCUUUUCUUCUCCUUCGUCAUCUUCUCCUCCAUCUCCUUCCCGUCGCCCCACUCGUUGUCACCAGACUGGCAGGGUGAGCGCGCUCACUCUGGCAGCCUGGAAUGUUCGUUCCCUUUUAGACAAUCCGAGGAGCAACCGACCGGAGCGGAGGACGGCGCUAGUGGCACGAGAACUGGCGCGCUACAAGGUGGACAUCGCCGCACUCAGCGAGACCCGUUUCUCCGAACAGGGCCAACUGGAGGAGGUGGGUGCUGGCUACACCUUCUUAUGGAGCGGUCGACCCAGGGCAGAGCGACGGGACGCGGGCGUCGCCUUCGCCAUUCGGAAUGACAUCGUGGGACGACUGCCCUGUUUGCCACAGGGCAUCAACGAUCGCCUGAUGAGCCUCCGCCUGCCUCUCUGGGGAGGCAAAUUCGCCACCAUUAUCAGCGCCUACGCUCCGACGAUGACCAACCCCGACGCCGUCAGAGACAAAUUCUACGAGGACAUGUACGCCCUCUUGGCGGCUGUGUCGAAGGCGGACAAAUUGAUUGUCCUUGGCGACUUCAACGCCCGCGUCGGCACAGACCAUACUGCCUGGAGAGGAGUGCUGGGUCCCCACGGUCUCCGCGGCUCAAACGACAAUGGUCUGCUGCUUCUCCGCACCUGCGCAGAACACCGCCUCAUGCUGACGAACACGUUCUUCUGUCUGCCGGAGCGAGAGAAGGCCACCUGGAGGCAUCCUCGGUCGCGUCAGUGGCACCUGCUGGACUAUGUCCUCGUCCGGAGGCGAGAUCAGCGGGACGUGCUGGUGACGAAGGCGAUCGCGGGUGCUGACGGGUGGACCGACCAUCGCCUCGUCAUCUCGAAGAUGCGUAUUCGCCUACAGCCUCGCAGGAGACCACAAGGUAAGCGACCUCCAGGUAAGCUGAAUGUUGCUUUGUUGUCUUUGCCUGCUCACCGUCUCCAUUUCAGCAAUGAGCUAGCUCAACGGCUAGACAACCUUCCUAUCGCUGCCGCCGCCGACGACGCCGCCGCCGCCGCUGCCGAGAACGCCUCCGUGGAGAACCGUUGGUGUCAACUGCGAGACACGGUCCAGUCGACGGCGCUCGCCGUCCUCGGUCGCGCUCCCCGCCAACACCAGGACUGGUUCGACAACAACGACGCCGCCAUCAGAAAUCUGCUUGCUGAGAAGAACCGCCUACACAAAGCCUACGUAGAUCACCCCACUGAUGCCACCAAAGCUGCCUUCUACCGCAGUCGCCGCCAACUUCAGCAACGACUGCGCGAGAUGCAGGACGCCUGGACUGCUCGCAAAGCUGAGGAGAUCCAAGGCUACGCGGACCGCAACGAAUGGAAGAACUUCUUCUCUGCGAUCAAAUCUGUCUACGGUCCGCCGACGAAGGGCACCGCUCCUCUCCUCAGCGCCGACGGCAACACUCUCCUGACUGAGAAGACGCAAAUCCUGCAGCGAUGGGCCGAGCAUUUUCGAGGCGUCCUCAAGCGCCCCUCCGUCAUCUCCGACGCCGCCAUCGAGCGUUUGCCGCAAGUGGAGACCAACGUGGACCUCGACCUCCCGCCAUCUCUCCAGGAAACCAUCAGGGCCGUGCAGCAGCUCUCCAGCGGGAAAGCACCCGGAUCGGACGCAAUCCCUGCUGAGGUCUACAAGCACGGAGGUCCCCUACUGAUGGAUCACCUGACUGCGCUCUUCCAAGAGAUGUGGCGUCAGGGUGAAGUCCCGCAAGAUUUCAAAGACGCAACCAUCGUGCAUCUCUACAAGCGCAAAGGGGAUCGCCAAGUCUGCGACAAUCACCGCGGCAUCUCCCUGCUGAACAUCGCCGGGAAGAUCUUCGCACGAAUCCUCCUCAACCGCCUCAAUAACCAUCUGGAACAGGGCCUUCUGCCGGAAAGCCAAUGCGGCUUCCGUCGUCAUCGUGGAACCACGGAUAUGAUCUUCGCCGCCCGUCAACUUCAGGAGAAGUGUCAGGAGAUGCGGACCCACCUGUACUCUACCUUCGUGGACCUGACGAAAGCCUUCGACACGGUGAAUCGUGAAGGACUGUGA